AUGACCGUCCGUAUCAGACCCUGCUUCCUGGCGAUACCGGCAGUCGGACAGGCGGAAGAGCCCGUAUGGGAUCCCUCCCGCACUAGCCCAAAACGCGCUCCAUCUCCGCAGUCUCAAAGACGGGGACGGCUUGUGGAGCCAAUGGCAGUGCCGCGGGGUUCUCCACUCUAUCACAUGGUCACAGAGUCGGCCGCACAUAUUCUCCUAAUCAGAAUGGGCGAAGAAACAUAUGUGAAAUCUGGAACACCUCCCCCCCUUUUCACCUUGCACAGCGCUCUUUGUAGAUGGCAUCCGGACUUGGUAGAAAUCACACUUGUCCCCCGGGCGCAGAAGAAUCCGCAUGGUCGUCAAGUGGUGAUCCUUCCUACCCAAAGGAUUCAGCGACGUCGAUCAUUGCACACGUCAACCAACGUCCUGGGUUUCACAGAUUCCCAAUGA